CCAUCAGCACAUUCCUGAGGCUGCUGAGAAUGUGUGUCCCUUCCAGGUCACUCUCUCCCUCUUUAAAUACUCUGGACCAUCUCUUUAAUUUCUGACCACAUAAUUCCCUUCAACCUCACCCUCCAAAUCUUUUUACGCCAUACUCCAGUCUUUUCCUUAUUCAUGCACUUCACUAUUUCGAUACUCACAAACAUGCCUUUCAGUCUGUCCGGCCUUGCACUUCGUCCAACACCAGUAAAUCAAAGAAGGAAAUGUUGACAACGUAUCUAUGUUGUUUUAUUUUAGUGCAAGCUUAACUAAAAUGGUCAUGUUCCAGCAUUUCAAUGAAAAUAAUUACACAUAUACACAAUAGCACUUACAAUAAGCUACUUGUUAUUGCUAUUCUUUUAUCAUCUUUUCCAGUCCAAUUUUUAGAUUGUUUGGUUUAAUGAAAUUCCGCUAUCGGCUCUAAAUCCACAAGGUCCUUUUCUCCUUUCAAGGACAGAUUCCCUUCAUCUAAUCCCAGACAAUCAAAGAAACCAGUAUUCUGCUAGAUUACACACUUCUCAGUCUGAUACCCACCUAGGAGCUGUAGCUCAUAUUUCUCAUUGCACUAAAACUUGCUGGCUUCUACUUUGAGGGACUAAUGUGCAGUUGCUCUGAGCAGCUAAUAAUAGCAUGGCGGUAUGGCAAAGAGUUUAGUUCGCUAAUGUUGCUUCCCAACUCAUUCCAGCCCAGUGUUGUCAUAUAAGGGCAUGGCAGGAAGCCCAUGGCUUGAUUUUCUCAUCUAUCCCGGAGGCCAGGCCAGGCAGCCAUUGGCUGUGAUCUGAAGGGCUAAUCUAGGCCAGCUGCAAACGUCACUCAAAUAAGCCAUAACUGGAAACAGUAUUCUACCCCUGAGUUCUCCUUGUGUGCUGUCUGUUUUUCCUGAUUGCCUGUCUUUGGGAUCUCCACUAAGAAUUCUGGGUGCAAGCAACAGGGCUUUUACCAUGGCUUCUUGGAAAGUCUGUAUGCUUGGCCUUCUUCUGGUCCUCCUCUGUUCAUUCCAGCUUCCUAGAACACAGGGUCAACAACACCAUCACCACAGCGAUGUAGAAUACCAUGGAAAUGAACAUCAUCAUCCCAAAGAGCAUCACCAUGAUGCACACCAUUAUCAACAUACAGAAGAUGAUGGUGAUGAUGAUGGCCAUGCUCACCAUUAUGCUACUCAGGAUAAGGAUGCUGGACAUUACCAAGGAAGUCAUCAUUCUCAACAUGAAGAUGAUGACAAUGAAGAGGAACACCAUCAUUCUCAUAGUCCUGAUCACCACAUUGACCAUCACCACCAUGAUGAUAGUAAUGAUGAUGAUGAUGACAGCCAUGACAAGCAUCAUCACGAUAAAGAUCAUGGAAAUCAUCACCAUGAUGAUGAUGAUGACCAUUAUCAUCAGGGACAUCAUGAAGACCACCAUCACCACAGUGAGAAAGAGACGCACCAUCAUGGAGACCAUCAGCAUCAAGAAGACAAUGAUGAUGAUGAUGAAGAUGAAGAUGAUAAUGAACGCCAUCAUCAAAGCCAUGAUGAUGAUGACGACGACGACGAUGAUGAUGAUGAUGAUAAAGAUGAUGAUGACAGUCAGUCACAUCAUGACCAUCAUGGCCACCACCAACACCAUAAAGAUGAUGACAGUGAUGACAAUAAUGAUAAUGAACACCAACACCACCAUCAUAGACAUCAUGGAGAUCAUGAAGAUGAUGAUGAUGAUGAUGAUGAUGAUGAUGAUGAUGAUGAUGUUCGUCAUCAUCAACACCAUCACCAAAAGCAUGCUGACGAUGACGAUAAGCAUCACCAUCACCAAGAAGAAGAAGAAGAAGAAGAAGAAGAAGAAGAAGAAGAAGAAGAAGAAGAAAGCAAUGAUAGUAGUGAAGAUGAGGAUGAUGAAGAUACAGUUCACAAAUCGCAUCACCAAAGUAGCCAUCAUCACCAUCAGAAAUAUGAUGAUAAAGAAGAAGAGUCUGAUGAAGUACCUUCUAUGGAGGAGGAUGAGCAUAAGCAUGACCGACAUAGAGAAAAGCAUCACAAACAUGAGACCCAUGAAAAAGCCAAAAAGCACCAUAGAGAGGAAGAAGAUGAGGAUGAGGAUGAAGAGGAAGAAGAAGAGAGUGAAGAUAAUGAGUAUGAAGCAGGUUCUGUUUGCCACUACUGUUCCUUCUGCAAGCAUUGUGGGGAGUGUGACAAGUGCCCUUGUAAAGAUGGGGACAGCAGUGACUACUGUAUGAGCUGCCAGUAUUGUCAUUACUGCUACAUUUGUCCUGUGUGCGAGACAGCCUGUGCACCAGGAAGCAUCGUAGAUGAAUUAUCUGGAGCCUUAUUUCAUGGCAGCAGCGGCGAUGGUGCUAGCAGCAGCAGCAGCAGCAGCAGCAGCUCUUCAUACCCUCAUGUGAGCACAUGAUGGAGAAGGAGAGGCAGCAGCGGCGGCAGCAGCAGCAGAAGGUCUUCCUGCCCAAGGCAGGGAGGUCAGACAUAACUGGGACAGCAGCUUGCAAGAAAAAGAGAAAGAAGAGUAAGAAAAAAAUGCAUUUCAGGCCACUUUAACAGUUCUGAAAAGAUGUUUGUUUCAUUUUUAAUCCUAAUUUCCCCCAGACAUGUGACUCCAUACCAGUGUUUCUCAACCUCAACAAUUUUAAGCUGUGUGAUCUUCAACUCCUAGAAUUCCCAAGCCAGAAUGUUAGGGAAGGAGACUAAAGCCCUACUAAGCCGAAAGCCCUACUAAGCAGGUAUAUACAAAAGUAUGAAGGCUAUUGCUAAAUGCAUUGUAAGUUGCCCUGAGUCUCCGGAAAAGGGCGGCAUAUAAAUCAAAUCAAUCAAUCAAUCAAUCAAUCAAUCAAUCAAUCAAUGUAAACCAAAAAUAAUCCUGGGACGUCCUGAGUUAUGGUUGCAUCGGCAUUACUCAGUGCCAAACUUAUAUUAGUCCUGUUUCUAUAUUAGAUUUUAGUUGGGAAAACAAAAGCAAAAAAUAAAAAUAAACCCUACCCCAUCCUUUGAUUCAUUUUUCAGAAAACUUCCUUCUCCUUUUAUUUUCCUAUUUAUACUAGGGCAUAACAUAACUAGCUGAGUUGCAUUGUUACAUUAAUUCAGACGGGAUGCUUAGCCUGGCUACUAAAUUAAUUCAUUUUCUGGGUUUUCACCCAGAACCAUCAACUAACCAACUGUGUUGGAUUCAUAGAACGGUGUAAGCCAUGGAGAAACGCACUAACCAAUGUUAGCAAGCUGUGCAAUUGUAGCUAUGAGCUAUUUAACUGAUUUGGUUAACCUAUUGUGUGAACGUAGAUGGUGAGUUACAUGCUCAUAUCCUGUAUGUGAAUGUUGCUUUCAAAAAAAGAAAAUCAUUUGGACAACACCAUUAUGGGAACCAAUCAAAAUGCUCUGAAAAAGUUUGUAAAUUUUCACUUCCUUAAGCAAAAAGUUACAAAAAUAUAGGAUGGGGAAAAACCCAAAGGUCCAAAAACCUAACCAGUUUUUUUUCCAGCUUUGAGGCGUACAGUUAGCAGCCAUGCUCAGGGUAGAGGCUGUCAGCUAUAUGCAACUGAUAGUGAGAGGUAUUACUGACAUUAAAGUACCCCUAUCCUUAAGGGAUAAAAUAUAAUGGUUGCUACCUGCAACUGUGAAAACAGAAGCAGUAAGUGCCUAUUCUGCCUGUUACCAUAGGUGAAAUUCAUGGGCAACCUUAGCAAUUUUUGUCAAAAAAGCCAAAAAAUAUUUUGGGAUUGUUUGCUCUAUGAUAAAAAAACUGUUCAUUUUUAAUCUGCAGCUUUUAUCAUCUAGAAUUGUAUGCUUGUUUGUUAUCAUCAUUAUAAUUGGUGUUGAGAGACAGAUAAAUAGAUUUGUUUAGAGAAAAAAAAUCUACAUUUAUUGAUGAUUGGAGGCUACUUAUGGACUUUUUCCGCAUAAAAAUAAAAAUCUGUGAUUCGUGGUUUUGAUGAUUAGACAAAAUAUAUUAUAGAAAGAAGAGUAAUAUGAUGUAAUUCAGAGAGGUUAAAAUAUAUUUGUACUUAUAAAUGUUGUGAAGAAUAUCAGAAGAAACAUUGUUAUAUUAUUUUUCUUUCUUUUCUAUUUUUCAAUUUUUUUCUUUGUACUUUUUGCUUCUUUAAUGUCUUUCUUUUUUCCUUAUUUUACAUUAGUUUGUGUUAGUUUUAUCUUCUUGUUUAAAAGUUUUAAUGAAGAUUAUAUACAACAAAUAGUGGUGAGAGACAAUGCAAUCUACUCUUCUCAAUAGCAACAAUGACUUUCAAUGCCAAGAUUCAAAAUCAACAAUCCCAAAUUGCUACCCAGCAGCUGGAGCUGAACCAUCCCAUAAUUCACAACUACCAUACAAAAUUGAGUAUACUACCAUUCUCUUACUCAUGACUGGCAGAGGCUGGAAUGUGGCAAUGAGAACCUGAAAACUGGGAAGCAAAUAACUUACAAAAUUAUUAGAAAACUAAAUGAAAAAAAUUAGAUUAUUUCUAUUUGUUGAUUCCUCACUGAAAAGGUCUCUGCUACCCAACAGCAAUAGUAUCAGCACAGGGCAGCACCUAAUUAACUUUGGUAGAGCUUUAAAAAACUAGGAAGAGUCAGACCUGAUUAAUCAAUGGAUGGCAGGACUUCCGGUUUAUGUCACGGCGGGGCCGACUGGAAAAUAGUGAAGCUGUGCCGAGCUCCGUGAAAUGCAGCCGGCAACUUCUUGCCGGGAGACCUUACGGGGUUAAGCUGCCCUGGAGGGGUGGUGAAAAAAGGCGAGGUGCUUUGUUGAUCACAAGGAAACUGCAAUUUCCUCACUGAUCCAAAGAAAGCUCUCCCGAAUGGCAGCAGGGAUGGCCAUUUUGGUCUGUCAUCAGCUGGGACAACUGGGACACUAAGAUCUUGUGGUGGAGUGGUGCAUGGACAGAGCACUGAAACUGGGUAAGAUAACUUCCAACUUUUACCCCAAAGUACUUUUACCAGUACACUCCCACAGAGAGGGACUCCUCAGGGUGCCGUCGGCCAGGCAAUGUUGGCUGGCAACUCCCAGGGGGAGGGCCUUCUCUGUGGCAGCUCCCGCCCUCUGGAACGAUUUGCCCCCAGAGAUAAGAAGGAUAUCGGAUCUCCGGGUCUUUCGCCGUGCCCUGAAAACUCUUCUUUUCCAGCAAGCAGGGCUGGCGUGAACCCUGCCCCCUUUUUUAGUUUUUAAUUGUUAUUAAUUGUUUAGUUUCAAUCUGUUAAUGGGUUUUAAUUCGCACUGUUUUAAUUCGGGCCAAAGUAUAUAAUUCUUUUAAUUAAUUUUAAAUUUUGUAUUGUUAUGUAUUUUAGUUCUGGCUGUGCACCGCCCUGAGUCCACUAGGAGAAGGGCGGUAUAUAAAUUGAAUAAAUAAAUAAAUAAAUAAAUAAAUAAAUAAAUAAAUAAAUAAAUAAAAAAUAAAUAAAAAAUAAAUAAAUAAAUAAAUAAAUAAAUAAAGAUUUAACCAAAGUUAAAAGUUAUAAAAAAUAACCUCCAAAUAAUUAGAAAGUGGCGAUUGGAUUUAUGGAGAAGGAUUAAAGACUAAAAAUCAAAGAGAAAGACUAAAGAUGAAAUAUUCAGACUCAAAGAAAUAUUUAAGGGAUGUUUUAAACCAUAGAAAGCCUGGAAAAAGUCAAAUAAUGUUGUGAAAAGUGAUUAUUGGGAGAAAUUGCUUUUCUAAACUUUAUCUUUAACCCCCCCCCCUCCCUGAAUGGGUGACAGUCAGCUGUUUUGAAUGCUGGAAUUUGGAGCAGGGGAGCCAUCUACUGGAGGAAGAAGAUUACUGCAAUGUAGGAAAUUUGAAUGAAAGUGAUGAAAGGAGAGAAAGUAAACAACACCUGGAAGAUUAUGUGACCUUGAUUUUAUGUCCCAAAAAUAAUGAAAGGAUUAUGGAUGGUUAUCCAAAUGAUGCAGCAGAAGAUAAGGGGUAAGGCAGAGGAAACAUUCAAUCCAUGUAAAAAUGUUAGAAAUAAAUAUAGGAUCCCAAAAGAGAAAUAUAAAAGAAUCACCAAAAUGUCAAUAAAUGAUGAAAUUCAAAAAAGUAUAUGGAACAACCCCAACAAGUGGGGGGAAAAAUAAGUACAAAUUGGGAAAGUAGUAUUAUACAUAUUGAUACAUAAAAUAAUAUAUUAAAAUUAUAAUGAGCAUAUUAAGGUUAGAAGUUGGAAGAUAAAAACUAUGUAUAUGUAAUUGUAUUAUUACUGUUAGCACUGUGUAAAAAAUGUAUUGACCCAGUCAUUAUGCUGUCCACAAAAUAUGUUGGCUGUUAAAGGAAAACUGCAAAUAAAACAUUAAUAAUAAUAAUAAUAAUAAUAAUAAUAAUAAUAAUAAUAAUGAUGAUGUGCCAGGAAAUCAGGAAAUCCUAAAGAUAUAGAUUAGAUCAGAUUAAAAAUCCCAGAACACAGCAACAACAAACAUAAUCAUAUUGAUGUCAAGAAAGCAACACAGAUAUGUUCAUGUAGUCAUCAAAAGUGGGAUAGAUCCAAUGGAUUAUUGUCUAACUUAAAUGUGGAUUGUUCCCAGUAUAAACGAACAAGUUUUUCUUCAUUUUGAGGGUGUGUCCUUUAUUUGAAAAAACUGACUCAUAACAGAAUCUUAAUAACAAUGAUAUAUGUCAAUUAUUGGGUUCUGGUUAUUGCAUUUUCUUACUGACAAACAUUCUACCAAAACCUUUUUGGCCAGAUGACUUCUAGGUUGUUUUAUCUAUAUAUUGUUCACUGUUUUGUUUUUAAAUAAAAAAGAAAGAUCAGAAUUCAAACUACGCUAAUCCAUCCUUUGAACAUAAUCAUAUCAUCUGGAUGUAUUUUGCAUUGUAUGUUUGUAGAGUGUCCUAUGUCCUAUUAAGCAGUAGCCUACCUCCUCCGUCUUGGCAUUAACAGGAAUACGUUCUCACUGACAUACUGUCUGUCCGUUGGCUACCUAAUGAGUUCCCUGAGGAGAAAAAAAAAGGAGAGGAAGGCAUUCAUAAAUAUAUCCACUACAGCUUUAAAAAAUACUUCUUGACCAAAGGUGAGCUGAACUUUUAAUGUCUUAGCCCAUAUGUGGGCCAAAGAACAGUCUACAUGUUUUUUCUUCCUAACCCAUAGAUAACAUGCACCCUCACAUCUUGUGGUCCUCAGCCUGGACAUUAUUGUUGACAAGUCUCAUCCUUUCUCAUUGUUCUGUAUUAAGAUAGACACAAAUAUUGAAAUAUAAGGACUAACGCUGCUUUUUAAACAUUGGCUCCUCUCUGUAAACAUAAAAGAAAAAAGCAGCUCCACUCAUUUGGUGUCAUUGUUCCAGCAAAUGGGAUUGGUAGGCUCUCCAGGAAGAUGACUGUAUGACUGUAAUUUUGUUGCUUGUAUCAUUUGUCCCCUACAACUAUCAUUAAUUGUUAUACCUUAUGAUUCUUGAUGAACGUAUCUUUUCUUUUAUGUACACUGAGAGCAUAUGCACCAAAACAAAUUCCUUGUGUGUCCAAUCACACUUGGCCAAUAAAAAAUUCUACUCUA